AUGUCUUCAUCAAUUCAACUACUUAACCCUAAGGCCGAGUCAUUCAGAAGGGCACAGGCACUACAAGUCAACAUCAAUGCCGCACAAGGCUUACAGCUGGUGCUAGCAUCAAACUUGGGACCUAAAGGAACUUUGAAAUUGUUAGUUGAUGGAUCCGGAGCUUUGAAAUUGACCAAAGAUGGGAAAGUGUUGCUCAAUGAAAUGCAGAUUCAGCACCCCACUGCAGUGAUGAUUGCUCGUGCGGCUACUGCCCAGGACGAAAUCACCGGGGAUGGAACUACCACGGUGGUUUUAUUGGUUGGCGAAUUGUUGAAACAAGCAGAGAGAUUUAUUAGUGAAGGCAUACACCCCAGAGUCAUUGUUGAUGGGUUUGAUGUUGCUCGUGAGGAGAGUUUGAGGUACUUGGACGAGUUCAAGACCAAGAUUGAGACAUUUGAUCGUGAAUUUUUGUUGCAAAUUGCUAGAAGUUCGUUGAUUACUAAAGUUAACAAUGACUUGGCUGACGUGUUGACACCAAUUGUUACUGAUGCAGUGUUGACGGUCAAGCACGAUGACCAACCUUUGGACUUGCAUAUGAUUGAGAUUAUAACUAUGCAGCACGGCCACUCAAAAGAGACUGAAUUGAUCAAGGGUCUUGUUUUGGAUCAUGGGGCACGCCACCCUGAUAUGCCUAGAAGAGUAGAAAAUGCUCAUAUUUUGAUCUUGAACGUGUCAUUAGAGUACGAAAAGACUGAAGUCAACUCAGGUUUCUUUUACUCCUCUGCCGAGCAACGAGACAAGUUGGUUGCAUCAGAACGUAAAUUUGUUGAUGAGAAGUUGAAAAAGAUUAUUGACUUGAAGAACCAAGUUUGCGGCGAUUCGUUAAAUUCGGAUCAAGGAUUCGUUAUAAUAAACCAAAAGGGAAUAGAUCCUAUGUCGUUGGACGUUUUGGCCAAGAAUGGAAUAUUAGCGUUGAGAAGAGCCAAGAGAAGAAAUAUGGAGAGAUUGCAAUUGGUGUGUGGAGGUGAAGCGCAAAACUCAGUCGAUGAUUUAAUUCCACAAGUGUUGGGAUAUUCAGGAUUGGUUUAUGAAAACAGCAUAGGUGAAGAUAAAUUCACUUAUGUGACGGAGAACAAAGACCCUCGCGCAUCCACAAUUUUGAUAAAGGGAUCGAAUUCCCACACAUUGCAACAGACGAAAGAUGCCGUUAGAGAUGGGUUGAGAUCGGUGGCCAAUGUGAUAAAAGACAAGAGUGUUAUUCCUGGAGCCGGGGCCUUUUGGAUGAGCUGUAAUAGCCAUUUACUUCAAGACAAAAAGAUAUUGAAGGGUAAGAAUAAACCAGGUAUUCAAGCGUUUGCUGAGUCACUAUUGGUGGUCCCCAAGACCUUGUCAGCAAAUGCUGGUUUGGAUCAAUUGGAAACUAUAUCCACAUGCCAGGACGAUAUACUUGAUGGGCACGUUGUUGGAGUCGAUUUGAAAACCGGCGAGCCUUUGGAUCCAACAGUGGAGGGUAUCUGGGAUUCGUAUAGAGUUGUGAGAAAUGCCAUAAGUUCAGCCACUGGUAUUGCAUCUAAUUUGUUGUUGUGUGAUGAGUUGUUGAAAGCAGGUAGAUCGAGUUUGAAGGAAGGAGGCGGCGGCGCCGGAGGUCCACAAGCUCCAGGCGGAAUGCCUGCAGGUAUGCCACCAAUGGGCGCACCAGGAAUGAUGUAA